AUGAUUCUAGCCAGUGACGGCUUGUGGGAUGUAAUGGCCAACGAAGAGGUGGACCCGGCAGCCCAGGCGGCAGCCCAGGCGGCAGCCCAGUAUCUAUCCAUUCAGACCCUUCAGAAGGGGAGCAAGGACAAUAUUACUGUAGUUGUGGUGGACGUGAAGGCCCAGAGAAAGAUCAAGACCCGGACCGAGCUAGAUUGGAAUAAAUAA